AUCCUUGUAUUUUCCUGUCUCUCCACAUAGAAUCUGCUGUUGGCUGCGCGCUCUAUGGAGCUUUGUGUUUCUAGCUGCUCUUUGACAAAGUGCUUGUUCUGUGCUGCACAUCUCGUCCUCUUUGUUCGGCCUCUGGCUUCAACCACUGAAUCACAAAUAUCCUCCAGCUGGGAACCAGACAAGGGCAGAAAUGAAGAACCCAGAAGCCCAACAGGAUGUUUCAGUUUCCCAGGGAGUUCGCAUGAUGUUUUACAUGAUGAAGCCCAAUGAAACUUCAUUUCAAACUUUAGAAGAGGUGCCUGAUUAUGUACAAAAGGCAACUCCAUUUUUCAUUUCCUUGAUGCUGCUUGAACUAGUUGUCAGCUGGAUUUGCAAAGGGAAGCCACCAGGUCGUUUAGAUGAUGCUUUAACAUCAAUAUCAGCUGGCGUUCUGUCUCGGCUUCCAAGUCUGUUUUUUAGGAGCAUUGAACUGACCACUUACAUUUAUAUCUGGGAGAACUACAGGCUUUUCAAUUUGCCUUGGGAUUCUCCAUGGACUUGGUAUUUGACCUUCUUAGGAGUUGACUUUGGCUACUACUGGUUCCAUCGCAUGGCCCACGAGGUUAAUAUUAUGUGGGCUGGACACCAAACACACCACAGUUCUGAAGACUAUAACUUAUCCACAGCACUGAGACAAUCUGUCUUGCAGAUAUAUACUUCCUGGAUUUUCUACACUCCCCUGGCCCUCUUUAUACCACCUUCAGUAUAUGCUGUUCAUCUUCAGUUCAAUCUUCUCUACCAAUUUUGGAUCCAUACAGAGGUCAUCACUAACCUUGGUUUUCUGGAACUGAUUCUUAAUACUCCUAGCCAUCAUAGGGUUCAUCAUGGCAGAAAUCGUUAUUGCAUAGACAAAAAUUAUGCUGCUGUUCUUAUUAUUUGGGAUAGAAUUUUUGGGACAUUUGAAGCAGAGAAUGAAAAAGUUGUAUAUGGUCUAACACAUCCCAUUAAUACAUUUGAACCAAUCAAGGUGCAGGAAACUGAGGUUUUCAGGAUUUCAACAAUUCACCCAAGUUCCCACCACUUGCCAACUGCAAACUUAACCAAGUUCCACCAUUUAUUUUACAUAUGGUCUACAUUCUGGGCCACACCUGGAUUCUUUCAUAAGUUUUCUGUUAUAUUUAAAGGACCAGGAUGGGGUCCAGGUAAACCAAGACUUGGACUGAGUGAAGAAAUCCCACAGGUCACCGGGAAAGAAGUUCCUUUCUCAUCGUCGGCAUCUCAACUAUUAAAAAUAUAUACAGUUGUACAGUUUGCUCUGAUGCUAGCAUUUUAUGAAGAGACCUUUGCAAAUACAGCUGCCCUGUCACAAGUGACUCUCCUUUUGAGGAUUUGCUUCAUCAUCCUGACUUUGACUUCCAUUGGAUUUCUUCUGGAUCAAAGACCCAAGGCAGCUUUUAUGGAAACUCUUCGUUGCUUGGUAUUCUUAAUGCUGUAUAGAUUCGGUCACCUGAAACCUCUUGUCCCUUCUUUGUCAUUUGCCUUUGAGGAACCCAGUCUCCUUCCAUCUUAUGAUUUCACUCUCCCCUCCGUUCUGAAAGAAGAGUUGAAGGAGAAUACAUGAUUGUGCAUUGGAAGGUUUGGGGGCAGCACAUAUAACCUCUGUUACCAUUCCACUGGCAAGACUGAGUCACAUGGCAAUUCUUAAUUAAAAAGAAGGCUGGGAAAUGCAAGCAAGCCCAGCAAGAAGAUAUAAUAUGUUUUAGUGAACACAUUGUUUUGGCUAUAAAUUGCAAAAAUCUAUAUAGUAACGCAGCCUGUUUUGAGAUAGGGCAUUCUUCUAUCCUUUUCCCUGAGUUUUAAGCACUGAGCUUUUCUCUCUCUCUCAUUCUGUCUCAUACACACACACACAUACACACACACACAAUUUUAUAGCACCCACCACAUAUUUUUUAGCUACAGAUAGUGUUCUAGUCACAUAUUAAUCCUUUUUUAAUAUAUUUUCCUCAUUUUAUCUUCACAAUAAUUCAACCAACUAUAUUACCCCAUUUCAGUUAUCAUGGCUGCAUACUAAAUUAUUAAAAAACAUUAGUGGCUUAAACACUAAUAAUCAUCUUCACUUCUCACAGCUUCUGUUGUUCAGGAAUUAAGGAAGGACUUAGCUGGGCAGAACUUUCUCUAUGUCUUUCUUAUAGUUACAGUCACGUAAUGGCUGGGGACAAAGUCAUUUAAAGUCUAGGCUAGAGCUGGAGGACCACCUUCCAAGGCUAGCAUAAAGAUACUAGCCAUUAAUAGGUGGCCUCACUUGUUCCUAUGUAGACAUCUCUACCUGAUUGCCCCAAAGUCCUCAAAACAUGGAUUCUGGCUUCCUCCAGAGAGAAUAAUCUAAGAGGCCAAGGAGAAAAAUAUAAUGCCUUUUAUAACCUAUCUUUAUUAGAAGUCACACACAAUCACUUCCAGCAUAUUCUAUGGGUCACAUAGGACCAGUCAUGAUUCAUUUUGAGUGGGGCUUAUAUGCCAGUUGAACAAUGGAAGGUCUAGGUCAGUGGGACCAUUUUGCAAGCUGAUUCCUACAUCUCCAUUUGUCAGACAAGGAAGAUGAGGCUUAGAAGGAGGUUAACUAAAUUGCUAAAGUCAAAUAACUAGCAAGACCAGAUCUGCACACAACGCGGUUUGACUUUAAAAUCUCUGCUGUUAAUAACUAAAAUAUAUUGUCUCUAUAAGCAAAUAAAGUACAUGCAUGAGUUUUUCCCAGAAAAAUGUGUGUAACUGUUGAGCACAAACAGAAGGAUGGCUUCUGUAGAAAUUCAAAUAGUUCAAAUAUCAGAAUAUGAAGUAAAAGGAAUGCUUAAUAUCAAAAAAGCUCAAACUUUCUAGUAACUCAGAUCCAGAAAUGACAACACACAUGAUUGUCAAAAUAUCAUCCUUUAUACAUAUAGACUGUAUUACUAAGUCAUCAGUUCUACUUCUUUUCUUUUCUUUUUCUUUUUUUUUUUUUGACAUGGAGUCUUGCUCUGUUAUCCCAUCUAGAGUACAGUAGCAUCAUCAUAGCUCAUUGUCACCUCCAACUCUUAGGCUCACGCGAUUCUCCUGCUUCAGCCUCCUAAAUAGCUGGGACUACAGGCAUGCACUACCAAACCUCGAUAAU